CACGUUUCCUUGCGCACAAUAGAAAACUUUCUCAGCGGAGUUUGUUGUUCACUUUUUAUACAUAUUUAUUCGCUAUGAACUUGAUUUAGUCGAUUUACAAAUAUUGGUUAAGUUUCAUAAUGGAUAAAGAGAGACGGCAUAAAAGAGUGGAAUCCCCGGUGCGGGAGUCAAAACCGAAAAUCAAACAUGAGAAACUCAGCCCUGCUAGGCCACAGAGAUCACGCCGCUCGAGUUCGGGGUCCAACGGCAGCCCACCGCCGCAGAGGAGACGAACGAGCAGGUAGCCUGAUUUCAUGGGUGUAUGGUAUUGUUGCUAGCGAGCACAAAUUACACAGUAUGGUUGCAAGGCCAUGAUGUUACACAAUAUCAAUAAUAGCAACUAGCUAGCCACUGAGCUAACGAUUUAGCUAGUAGGCGUUAUGUUAUGCUUUAGUCGUGUAACGUUAACGUCAGUCCUCAAUUAGCCCUUGAUCAUGACUGUUCCAUUACAUUACACAUAAAUCAUUGGAAGAAGGCGUCUUCUGUACGGGGGAGUUUUGUUAAGAGCACCGACGCGCAAUCUGAACAUUAACACGCGUUAAUGUUUAGAUUGCGCUUCGGUGCUUUGGAAGCAUAAGGACCUUAUAUUUCGUAUCAUAUAAUUUCAAAAAACAAAAGGUUAAAUUGAUACACGCCUUGAUAGGGUUAAGGUUAGUGUUCCCCCACGGAAAUAUCUCUGUUACAGCGCUUGUUGACGGAAGACAAGAGGCGACCGACCACCUGUACUAAUUAGCUAUCUAGCUAACAUGCUCCAUUCCAACACCUGUGUGUAAGCCUAACUCGGGAAUUGUAGCUGAAGUGUAGUUUCAUCUGAUGGAGGCACCCAUAGCUGAAUGGAUCUGCAAAACUGUUAGAGUAAAUGUAUUUCUACUUUAUUUCUCGCUGAUGAUAGAUAAGUGGCAUAUGUUUCGAAAGACAUAUGGCAAGCGAUGAUUGUUGACGUUUCUAAAAACGUUAAAAUGGUGUCAGGAUUGUAGUUCACAUGAGGUAGUCGUGGGCAAAGUAAAUGACUGAAAACUGUAGGGAGAAGGCAGAAUGUCGCUUAGUUUUACCUCAAUUAGCUAGCUAAGUCUCAUUUGUUAGUUGACUGGAAAGUGAUAGCUAGCUAGAAUUCAAAUCAACAUUGUAUUUGUCACAUGCGCAGAAUACAACUGGAGACUUUACCAUCAAAUGCUUGCUUAUGAGCCCUUCCAAAUGAUGCAAAAUAGUAACAAGGAAUACAUUUGACAUUUUAGUCAUUUAGCAGACGCUCUUAUCCAGAGCGACUUACAGGAGCAAUUAGGGUUAAGUGCCUUGCUCAAGGGCACAUUGACAGAUUUUUCACCUAGUCGCCUCGGGGAUUAGAACCAGCGACCAUUCGGUUACUGGCACAACGCUCUUAACCACUAAGCUACCUGCUGCCCACAAGAAUGGAGCUACAGUAACCUGUACCCCGCACAUUGACUCGGUACUGGUACCCCCUGUAUAUAGCCUCAUUAUUGUUAUUAGAUUUUAUUGUAUUUUUUUAAAUAUUUUUUUACAUUAGUUUAUUUAGUAAAUAUUUUCUUAACUCUAUUUUCUUAACUACAUUGUUGGUUAAGGGCUUGUAAGGAAACAUUUCACGGUAAGGUCUACACCUGUUGUAUUCGGCACAUGUGAUUUGAUUUGACAGUGUAUAUACAGCGAGUACCAGGUCAAUGUGCAUAGGUACGAGCUAAAUGAGGUAGAUAUGCACAUGAAGGCAGGGUAAAGUCACUAGGCAUCAGGAUAGAUAAUUAUAAGAGUAAAAUAAAGAACAGAGUAGCAGCAGCAAAUGAUGAGUGUAAAAGUGUCUGUGUGUGUGUAAUGUGUGUGUGUUUGUGUUGUCGGUAUGCGUGUGUGUGUGUGUGUACAUAUGUAGUGAAUGUGGGAGUGUCAGUGUAGUGUGUAUGAGUGAGUGUGUAUAUGUAGUCUAGUGAGUGUGCGUAGGGUCAGUGCAAGAUAGUCAAUGCAGAUAGUUCUGGUACCAUUAACUCCCUAUUUAGCAGUCUUAUGGCUUGGGGGUAGAAGCUGUCUCAGAGCCUGUUGGUCUGAGAGCCGAUGCUCCGGACGGUAGCAGAGUGAAUAGUCUAUGGCUGGAGUCUUUGGCAAUUUUUCGGACCUUCCUCUGACAGUGAUGUACUGGGCUGUCCGCACCACUCUCUGAAGUGCUUUGCGGUCAAGGGCGGUGCAUUUGCCAUACAAAGCGGUGAUUCAGCCUGUCAAGAUGCUCUUGAUUGUGCAGCUGUAUAACUUUUUGAGGAUCCGAGGGCCCAUGCCAAAUCUUUUCAGCCUCCGGAGGGGGAAGAGGUGCUGCCGUGCCCUCUUCACGACUGGGGGUGUGUGUGGACCAUGUUAUAUCCUUAGUGAUGCAAACGCCAAGGAACUACAGCCCCGUCAAUGUAGAUGGGGGCAUGCUCUCCCCUUUUUCUCCGAUAGUCCACAAUCUGCUCCUUGGUCUUACUGACAUUGAGGUUGUUUUCCUCAAGCAAACUUGAUGAUGGUGUUGCAGACGUGCAGGGCCACGCAGCUGCAUGGGUAAACAGGCAGUACAGGAGGGGACUAAGCACACACCCCUUAGGGGUCCUCCGUGUUGAGGGUCAGCAUGGCGGAGGUGUUGUUGCCUACCCUCACCACCUGGGGAUCCAGUUGUAAAGGUAGGGGUUCAGUCCCUGGGUCCCCUAGCUUGAUGAGCUUGGAAGGGACUAUGGUGUCGAACGCUGAGCUGUAGUCUAUGAAAAGCAUUCUCGCAUAGUAAUUUCCCCUCUUGUCCAGGUGGGAGAGGGCAGUGUGAAGUGCGAUUGCGUCAUCUGUGGAUCUGUUUGCGCCAGUAUGCGAAUUGGAGUGGGUCUAGGGUGUGUGGGAUGAUGGGGUUGAUGUGUGUCAUGACCAGCAUUUCAAAGCACUUCAUAAUUACAAAUGUGAUUGCUACAGGGUGAUAGUCAUUUAGGCAGGCUACCUUGGAGCUCUUGGGAGCAGGGACAAUGGUAGUCUGCUUGAAACAUGUUGGGGUUACAGACUGGGACAAGGAGAUAUUGAAAAUGUCUGUGAAGACACUGCCAGCCGAUCUGUGCUUUGGGAAUGCAGCCUGGUAUUCAAGCCUUGUGCUUGUAAAUCUGUUUUAAACAUUUUGCUCACAUCUGCCACAAAGAGCGAUAUCACACAGUCAUCCGGUUUUGUUUGAUAAAAUCAGUUUUUAUAUUCAAAUGUAGGAACUGGGAUCUACAGUUUGAACCCCUGCUGUCGCUGGCUCCACACCACCCUGCCCGGCCAUCUAGAUCUGUGAAAGUUAGUGAAUAAGCUAAUGAUCCAUCAUGUAUGACAUUCCUGGGCGUGUGUAAACUUACAUUUUUGUAUUACCAUAUCAAUUUUGUAUGUUUUCUAUAGUUAUGUACUUGAAAAUGUAUCAAUUGACCAAUUCUGCACAUUUGGGCAGACUUGAUACAAAAUAGUCCAGUAAUGCAAUGCUUCACUGGAUCAAUCUGAAACUUUGCACACACACUGCUGCCAUCUAGUGGCCAAAAUCUAAAUUUCGCCUAAAUUGCAAUAUUAUAUUCUGGCCUUUCUCUUGCAUUUCAAAGAUGAUGGAACAAAAAAAUAAAUAAUUAAAAUGCAUGUUUUUUUGUUUAUUAUCUUUUACCAGAUCUAAUGUGUUAUAUUAUCCUACAUUAAUUUCACAUUUCCACAAACCUCAAAGUGUUUCCUUUCAAAUGGUAUCAAUAAUAUGCAUAUCCUUGCUUCAGGUCCUGAUCUACAGGCAGUUAGAUUUGGGUAUGUCAUUUUAGUUGAAAAUUGGGGAAAAAAGGGUCCGAUCCUUAAGAGGUUAAACCACAUCAGGAGACUACUUUUGAGGUCUGGAAAAAAAGACAUGUUGGGGGAGGUUGUAGUUGCCCUUCAAUUCAAAUGCGCACCUAGCAAGAGCCAGUUGUUUGGCUAGCGGUGUUUCUGUACCGUACAGUGUAUCCUAAAUGUGAUGCCAGAGUUUGCAAAACAAAUGCUGACCCAAUUGAUGCAUAUCAUUCUGCCAGGUAGGUCUACUUAGCAGUCCUAAUUUAAUUGGGAAGGUUUUUUAGGAAAGCCUUUAGAAAUGUUCAUUCAAACAGAGCAUGAUGACUGAAAUGCGCAUCGCAAAGAUUUAACCAAGACUUCGGACCAAACGUUUUACAUACCUGGUUUGCACACCCAUUGUUGCCUUAGCUUUUACUGGUAGUUAUCAUAAAUUGAAACGUUUUCCCUACCGCUGUCGUUCUUCUGUGAGCUGCUCUACGCGACAACCAGUUGAGAGCUGCAUGCUCUUGCUGCCCGACAUAUUAUAUUCCUCUCAAAAGCUAUGUGUGCAGUGCGUGUAAUAAAUAAUGUUCAUAACGAAGUAACAGCUUUGGGAAUUUGUCUGUUUUUCAUCAAUUAUAUAUCCUAGAUUGAAAAUAGUAUUAUUACAAUAUUUUUUUCACUGGCCUAAGCAGGGCACUGACGUGGAUGAUUGACUGGCCCGAAGGGUUUCCAAAAUCUCCCUAGGCCAGCGGACAUCCUUUAUGUCGAGCCCUGCGUUACAAAUUAUUUAUCAGAUGUCGCUCAGAGAAGAAUCCAGUAGGAGCUGUCCGUUGUAGCUAGUUAGCCUUGGUGUUAAAUUACUAAACUAUUGGUUUUAAAGCCUUUCCUUGUUGAUUUGAUUGACUAGAUCGCCACCAAGGACAAAAGGUCAUUCGCCAGGUAGAAGGGCGUUGGGAAGACGAGACAGAUCGCCCAAAAACACCGGCAGGAGCCGAAGCCCUACCAGUGGUGCCGAUGUCAAAAUAAAGCGGGUGAUUCUGUCAUUACUUAUGAGUAAAUGUAACAAUUGGGGAAAUGCAUACAUGUAAAACUUUUAAUGCAGCAAAUGUAUUCUGUAAAUGAUAACACUUUACCAAAUAAUUUUGACCCUGUGCUUGACUCUCCUGUCCCACUGUCCCCCCUACAGGAGCAGGAUGACCACAGAGGUGCCGAUGACCGGAGAAGGCGUGACCGCAACGACAAGCCAGAGCCCUCGGAGCCACCAGUGCGGCGAAGCAGGUGGGAGCAGGCUGACGGACCCAGAGAGUCUGACAGACCCAGGGAGCGAGAACGAGGAGAGAGGGAACGGGAUGGAGGUGGGGGCAGGCCCAGAGACAGAGACUCCCGCUCUUUCCAGGAGCAGCAGGCCGAGAGACAGCAGCAUGACAAUCGACGACGGGACAACCGGCACCGGUUUGAGGAGAACAACGACGAGCGACAAGCUUUCGGACAAGGUACCCAAGAGGGGGGCGAGGGCGAAGACAGCCCCCCAGUCGAUAAAGAGAAGCCCAACUUUGAACUGUCUGGAGCGCUCACGGAAGAUACCAACACAUUCAGGGGGGAAGUGAUCAAGUACAACGAGCCCCCCGAGGCUCGCAUCCCCAAGCGCAGGUGGCGACUGUACCCCUUCAAGAACGAUGAACAGCUCCCGGUCAUGUACGUCCACAGGCAGAGUGCCUACCUGAUGGGGCGGCAGAGGAAGAUUGCUGACAUCCCAAUCGACCACCCCUCCUGCUCCAAACAGCACGCAGUGUUCCAGUACAGGUGAGAUCUGACAAUCACUUGGAUGCUCAAAUCAGGCCCUCGGGAUGCCAUUAGUUUAGCUGCUAAGCCUUCGCAAAUCGGCUCUCUUUGUUUUGAAAUUAUGCCUUUUCCCCACUUACAUAAUUUCACAACAUUUUGUUGAAGUCUGACACUUUUAACGUCUGGUUAAUGUAGUUGUGUUUGUGUGAUUUCAAUCUCUAGGUCAGGGCUCUCCAACCCUGUUCCUGGAGAGCUACCCACCUGUAGGUUUUUGUUUCAACCCCAGUUGUAACUAACCUUAUUCAGCUUAUCAACCAGCUAAUUACUAGAAUCAGAUGAUUAGGGUUGGAGCGAUAACCUCCAGGACGGUAGCUCUCCAGGAACAGGGUUGGACAGCCCUGCUCUAGGUUAUGUAGUUCUGAGUUGGGACACUUUCAACCUCUGGGUAAUGUAGUUCUUUCUGUGUCUGCUGAUUUCCAGGCUGGUGGAGUUCACGCGUUCGGACGGAACUGGUGGGCGGCGGGUGAAGCCCUACAUCAUUGACCUAGGCUCGGGCAAUGGCACCUACCUGAACAACCAGCGCAUCGAGGCGCAGCGCUACUACGAGCUCAAGGAGAAGGACGUGCUCAAGUUUGGCUUCAGCAGCCGCGAGUACGUCCUGCUGCACGAGUUCUCUGACACAGCCGAGGUGGACGCCAGGGCGGAGGAAGACGACGAGGGCAUGGACGAGUGAAUACAGGACCUCGGAGCCUUUUCGAAUAGUUGAUUUAUGCGUCCUUCCGUCCUACUUUCCUUUGAAGUAAUCGCAGAUCUUAAUUGGUUGGAUUGUUGAAACUAAUAUGAUGUUAUUUAGUUGAACCUAUUCAGUCACUUAUAAAUAUGUGCUUACUUCAGGGAAACAAGGAAGGACAUUUGCAUUUUUUAAAGUAUUCUAACAAGGCCAUGGAUUAUCCCAUCAAGUGUAUUGUGGGAAAAUAAUGUUCUCACUGAUGCCUACCACCUGUUGGCCAUCAUCUCCUUAAAAACACGAAUGGAACAAUGAACUGAACAGAUGGCGUGUUGGGUUAAGCAGAUUUCGGGGUUAACAGAACAAAUAAAAAAGUGGUAGGAGAAGUCUGUGUGGUCUCUAUUUGGCGAUCAUAGAAACCUGCUUUAACCUGCAGUAACCAGUCUCAAUACUCUCUAUUCUCAGGACAUUAGCAUAAGAUCAGUAGUGUGGUUGAUUUUUCCCCCUAUAUCUGACUGCUUACGUUCAACACAAGUGCUCAAUGCCAGAAAUAAGUUACUUUACAAAAAAUGAUUUUGUUAUUAUAUUUUUGGAAUAGAAUGUUGAAUACAAAGUAAGUAUAUUGCUGAAGGCUAGCCUAUGUCCAGACCUUCACUGUAAAUACACUGGAUGUAUUGAAUGUGAACGCUGGAUUCAUCAUAUAGUGUACUAUAUAGUGUACUGUAUUUGGGUUUGAGCGUUGCAAGUUGCAACAAGGAGUAAACAAAGCUUAUGUGUAUAUGUAUCUGCUUUAAAUGUGUGCUUGUGAUGUAGGAAAAAAGUUUGUAUCGCAGUGUGUUCACGUUUACCCAGUCUUUACCACCGGAUUGACUGUAGGCUAUGGAGGAUUUUGGAGUAAGAUCAUACCACACUGUACAGCAAAGCAUGACUAUUCCCUCUAAAGACGAUUUUCUUUUUUACUUUUUCGAACACCAUCUACAUUGUAGUUUCUUUUUAGAUGUUUUGUAUUUUAUAUAAAGGUUGUGAAAGACUA